GGGAAGGCCAGGACCGGGUUUUUCAAGCAGGCGAAGAAGGCCUACCCUAUGUAUCCUUAUAUAGAAGAGAAAGUCAAAGCUGAUGAGUACGGCGAGGUCAUACGACCAGAAGAUUACAUUAUAGCUGAAAAUCAAACAGUCGAUGAGGAGACGAAAGAUGUAGAGGAGGGGGUGGGUCCAUCUGACUCCCAAAUAUACGAUACUUACUUCUAUACCGCAAGGUAUAAGUGGAUGAAGGUUAACGUAGCCGAGGUACCCACCAAGUGCAUAUCCUCAACAGUUACGCUGGACAUCAACGCACGUGUCCAGUUUAUUGACUUCGAGGGACGGUCAGAUGGAAAGUCCAUUAAGAAGUAUCUGUCACAGAUCAGGCCGAAGCAACUGAUUUUGAUCCACGGCUCAGACGAGGCCACCAAGGCACUGGGAGAAUACUGUCAGACCGCCGGUUUUGUCGAGGGAAAUGUCUACUGUCCCAACAUUGGGGACAUCAUUGAUGCUACCACAGAGAGGCACAUCUACCAGGUACGUCUGCGAGAUCAGCUGGUGAGUUCCCUGGUGUUUUCCAAGACCAGGGACAUGGAGCUUGCUUGGGUUGAUGGUCAGCUUGACCUGCCUCCAGCUGAGCCUGAAGAUGAGGAUGAGGAAGAAGAAGGAGUCAGUGAAGAGAAAAUUAAGAAGAAGAAAGAUAAACUGAGUAUGAUCCCACCAACACUGGAAGGAUUGCCGCCUUCAUUGGUUCCUCCUCACACCCCAGUCUUCAUCAACGAGCCCAAGCUCUCUGACCUGAAGAUUGUGCUCAUCAGCGCUGGUGUCCAGUGUGAGUUUGCUGGCGGCAGGCUGGUCUGUAACAACCAAGUGGCUGUCAGAAGAGAUGCUGGUGGCAAAAUGAAACUAGAAGGAACUCUGUGUGAAGAUUACUUCAAGAUCCGCGAACUCUUGUAUCAACAAUAUGCUAUUGUGUGA